GUUAGAUAGCUUCAAGUGGGAAGCCGUAGUGAUUUACCGACCAGAAACAUCGAGUAGACUCCAAAUACACAUACUGCGAGUCUGAAGCUUGACGAGGGCUUACGGUGUGGAAGUGAUGAUUGCAAGGAAAGUCAAGAGCUGUGUAGGCAGUUCACGCGUCGACGUGUCGCGUCGAUCAUGCGAUGAUGAAAACGUGGGCGAAUCAAAUCCUUGAUCAAUCCUCCAACCUUUGGUCUCGAGUCUCGACAGUGCCUUCAUCGUCUCAGACGGUCUAUAGUUUCCUCAACUACUUCGCUGCGAUUAUAAGGCUCUGAGGAUGGAAGACGAGGUCAUUUGGCAAGAUGACCCAAAAGUAUUGCAGGAGUCAGAGUGGUCGAGGUUGUCUUCGAACUUCACGACUGCCGGGUACCGCGAGGGAAUCACGGCUGGCAAGGAAUCUGCCCUGCAGCAGGGAUUUAACGAAGGAUUUGCCGAAGUUGGUGUACCGCUCGGCAGAGAGAUAGGGAUCCUCCGGGGGAUGGCAUCUGCACUGCUUUCGUAUCUCACCGCUGCAGGAGACAAGGUGCAGAACCAGACAGUUGUGGACGAAGCACGAAACAUCGUGUCUCAACUGAGCGCUGUACGCUUCUCUGACAUCGCGCCUCCCGAUCUCGAGGCCGAACGCCAUGCGCGGGACCACCUCGAGGCCGCUGCCCCCGAAACUAUCGAGGAGAUGGAGGUGGAAAUGAAUGAGGAGCUGAAGGAGAAGCAGGAUCUGGAGAGCUUGGAAGACAUGUUGGUGCGGAUGAGUGCUGGUGGAUCUGCACCUGCACCUGCGCGGAAACCUAGUGUAGACGACGUGCGGCGGCUGAAGGAACGGCUGUUAGCCCUCUCUGAGGAAGUAGGACUCUCAUUGCAAUGGAGUUGACGCUAUUGGAGGCACCCAGGGUCUCGCAAGAUCUGAGCACUUCCUGCGGCUCAUCGAGACGCAUUGCAGCGUCGGAACACAGAAUUUGUCACGUCUCGAGGGCCCGACAGCUCAAGAUCGACCUGCCUGGUGCUGACCGCCCAUAAAAAAUGCAGCGAGGGAAAUUAUUCAAUUUCAUUAAACGUGGUUCAUGCGUUAGGGAGGGCCGUCUAACGUUCGCGGC